UAUUACGUCAGACCCGAGGACAGGGAACGGGACAGCUGGAGUUUCAGCCGGGCGAGACGCACCCGAGAUAGCUGAGGACAGCAGGACUGCGGCUGGACACUUGCACAGACAUUCAUUCUUAAAAGGUUCCAUCUCCUGUUUAUCUUUGAGACAGAAGAGCAGCCAUGGGAGGGGGUUUCCGAGGUACAAUUACUGACGCUCCAGACUUUGAUCCCAGCGCUGAUGCUGAGACUCUCUACAAUGCCAUGAAAGGCAUAGGCAGCGAUAAGGAGGCCAUCUUGGACUUAGUCACCUCCAGAAGCAGUGCACAGAGGCAGCAGGUCAUCGCAGCAUACAAGUCUAACUUUGGACAGGACCUGAUCGAUGACCUGAAAUAUGAGCUGACAGGCAAGUUUGAGCGUCUCAUUGUCAGUUUGAUGAGGACUCCAGCUCAGCAUGACGCCAAAGAGAUCCACGAUGCCAUCAAAGGGGCGGGGACAGAUGAAAAAUGCUUGAUUGAAAUCCUGGCAUCCAGAAACAAUGAUCAGAUCCACGACAUGGUAGAGGCCUACAGGGAAGCUUAUGGCGACAUUGAAGAGGCCGUGAUAGGGGACACUUCAGGACACUUUAAGAAGAUGCUGGUUGUUUUACUACAGGGGACCAGAGAUGAGUCAGGUGUGGUGGACGCAGACCUGGUGGAGCAGGACGCACAGGACUUGUUUGCUGCUGGGGAGGAGCAAUGGGGGACGGAUGAGGCCAAAUUCAUCAUGUUGCUGGGAAACCGCAGCGUGACCCACCUCCACAUGGUGUUUGAUGAAUACCAGAAGAUAACAGAGACUUCCAUAGAGGACAGCCUUAAGAGUGAGCUCUCCGGGGACUUUGAGAGGCUCAUGCUUGCUGUCGUGCAGUGCAUCCGGAGUGUUCCUAUGUUCUUUGCCAGGCGCCUCUACAAAUCAAUGAAGGGUCUUGGCACGGCUGACAACACUCUGAUCCGGAUCAUGAUUUCUCGCUCCGAAAUAGACAUGCUGGACAUCAGGGAAUGCUUCCGUCUACGAUACGAGAAGUCGCUGUACAACAUGAUUCUGGAUGACACUUCAGGAGAAUACAAGCGGACUCUGCUCAAUCUCUGUGGGGGAGAUGAUGACUUAGCUGGAGAGUUCUUCCCUGAAGCUGCUCAGCUGGCCUACAAGAUGUGGGAGAUGAGUGCCACCACCAAAAUCAAGCGAAGACCAACAGUUUAUCCUGACUCCAAUUGUGAUCCUGCCAGUGAUGCUCAAGCUCUGAGGAAAGCCAUGAAGGGAUUUGGCACUGAUGAAGAUGUCAUUAUUGAAAUUGUCGCUAAGAGAAGCAAUGAGCAGAGACAAGAGAUCAGACAGGCCUUCAAAUCACUUCUUGGCAGGGAUCUAAUGAAGGACCUGAAGUCAGAGCUGUCCAAGAACUUAGAAAGGCUGAUAAUCAGCCUCAUGUUGACCCCGGCAGAGUUUGAUGCUAAGAUGAUGAGGAAAGCCAUGGAGGGUGCUGGCACAGAUGAACACGCUCUCAUCGAGAUUCUGGUCACCAGGAGCAACGAGGAGAUCCACGCCAUGAACGAUGCCUAUGAGCUUGCGUACAAGAAGAGCUUGGAGCAUGCCAUCCAGUCAGACACCUCAGGCCGCUUCUGUCAGAUCAUGGUGUCACUGCUGCAGGGAGCUAGAGAGGAGGGGCCUGCAGACUUUGAGAGAGCUGACGCAGACGCCCAGGACCUCGCAGAUGCUUGCAAUGCAGACUCAGAUGAUAUGGAGAUCAAGUUCAUGAGUAUUCUGUGCACCAGAAGUUUCCCCCAUCUUAGGAGAGUGUUCCAAGAAUUUGUCAGAUGCUCUAACAAGGACAUUGAACAGAUCAUCAAGAAGGAGAUGUCUGGAGAUGUUAAAAACGCCAUGUUUGCCAUAGUUCGCAGUGUUAAGAACCAGCCCUCUUACUUUGCUGACCGCUUGUACAAAGCCAUGAAGGGCCUUGGCACAGACGACAGAGCUCUGAUCCGUAUCAUGGUGUCCCGCUGUGAAAUCGACAUGUUCAACAUUCGCAAGGAGUUCAAAGACACGCACGAGGCCUCGCUCCAUGAAUUCAUCCAGGUAGAAACCAUGGUUGGUGAUACGUCAGGAGACUAUCGCAAAACUCUGCUGCUGCUAUGUGGAGGAGAGGACUGAUGUUACCAAGUUCCUGGAGGGUUCAAGGAUGUUCUAGAAACAUCCAAGCUGUCCGAACACACAAACUCACCUGACAAUCUAGCAGUCAACUGUGCAUUGAGUUCCAUGAGAUUGUGCCACUUCUCUGUGAAACCAAAUGGCAUACGACCUCCAACCCCCCAAAUCUCUUAGCUGUCUUUUUUUUUACAGAGCAAACUUGUGGAUUCAUUUGAAAUGUGCCUGAAGAAAGUACUUGGCUCAUGUCUAAUGCUUACCUAUAAGUGACCUUUUAGUAUUUUAAAUGGUGCUUUCACAUAGUUUGUCCAGCUAGUAAAUACUGUAUAAGAUACAACAAUGCUGUUUUUCUUGAAUUAAAAGGAACGUGUCAA